AUGAAUAAAAAAAUAAUAUUGAUUACAUUUUUAUUUUUAAUUUCUUUUUUAAAAGUUUUUUGUAAAAUAGAUAUAGAUAAUACCAUUGUUAUUUCAAAUGAAACUUACCUUUCUUAUCAAAUUCCAUUAGGUAGUGAAAAUAUCUCUUCAAUCAUUUUUUAUCAUUAUGAUCGUUCACCAUUCCAAUUGGAUUUCGAGUGUUCCAAUUCCAAGAAUUCAAAUAGUACAACCUGUUUUACAACAAUUGAUGAUGAAGAAAAGAAACAAAUGUAUGGUGGUAAAAUUUCAUAUAAUCAUGAACGAAGUAUGGAUCGGGCUUUGUUUCCAACUCCAAUAAUUUCUUCACCAUUUAGACCACCUACUAAAGGAGGUGAAUUAGUUAUUAAAGGAACAUAUUUAACUUUCUUUGAAAGAGCUUCUUAUUAUCAAAUUAUAUAUCCAAAAUCUCAAAUCAUAAACAUUUUUGAUUUUCAAUUAUCAAGCUUUGAUCCAACAAAUGUAAAUGUUCAAUUUCCUCCUGGAUGUGGAUAUCAAUUAAUUGAGUGGGAAAAUGGUAAAGUAUAUAACUUUAGUUAUGAAAAACCAUCAAUAUCAAACAUCAAAACAACUUCUCCAAAUAUUAUUGUUAAUGGUUCUAAUUUCUGUGAUAAAUCUUACCCAUCAAAUAUUACAAUUGAUGGUAAUUUAAUUCAAAGUUCAAAUAUUGAAAAAGAUCAAGAUUCAAUUAUUAUCAAAUAUAAUGAAAAAUAUGCAACAAAAUCAAAAAUAAUCAUUGAAACAAGUAAUUGUACAUCAAUUGAAACCAUCUUUGAAUUUAAACCAGACCAAUUAACGAUCAACUCUGUACCAAUCAACAAAGGUGGAUUGAUUUUAAUUAAUGGAAUAAGAUUAUCACCAAAUCCAGCAAAUAAAAUUCAAAAUAAUAUUUCUAUCAAAAUUGGUAAUUUAACUUGUUUUAAUGUUAUAUCAAUAUCAAGUGAAUUAAUUUCAUGUACUUUAAGUCAACUCAACAAAUCGAUAUCAAAUAAUAUUAAAAAUGAUUUACCAGUUUCAGUAUCAAUAAAUGAAAUCACAAAUGAAAAUAAAUUAAUAUUUAAUUAUAAUACUGUUAGAUUAAAUCCAAAUAAAUAUAGUUUACCAAAUAGAGUUUUACAACUAAAUGGUGAUUGUUUAGGAAAUUCAAAUGAUACAAUUGUUUAUUUAAAUGGUAAAGAAGUAAUAUUAAAAGAUUUAGAGAUCAAUUAUAAUGAAACAGUUUUAUCAUUUAAAAUACCAGAUGAAUAUCAAUCAAAACUAAAUGUUUCAGUCAAGGUCAAUAAUGUCAUGUCAAAUGAAAUUCAAAUUGAUAUAUCAUUCUAUGUUAGUUUGUCAAAUAUAUCACCAAGUACAUAUGAAAAUACAAAUAUAAUAUUAACUUUAUAUAAUAUCAAACCAGAAAAUUAUAAUAAAUUACCAACAUUAAUAAUAAAUUCUGAAGACCAAAUUUCAAUAAAUGGUGUAUCUUUAAACUCAACAAAUCAAGAAGUUCAUUCAUACUCGUUUUUGAUACCUGUGGGUUGCGGAAAAAAAGAAAUUACAAUUAAAAUUGGUACUCAAUCAUGUUUAUCUUCAAUUUCAUACAUUGAACCAAUUAUUUCAAAUUGUAAAGUAUCUGGUUAUGAUGGUAAAAGUGGUGAAAUUAUAUGUGUUGGCAAUUUUGGUAAUCAAAAUUACCUAAGUCAAUCUUAUGUUUUAUUUUCAAAUAAUAAAAUUUCGCCCCCAUUAAUUAAUAGUACAACUUUAUCAUUCCCUUUAAUAUCAGGUUAUCAUAGCGAUGAUUUAAUUUUGGAAAUGUGUGAAAUUCCAAGCAAAUCUUUUAAAUUAAAUAUUUCACCAUCAUUAAAAAGAAUAGAUGCAUCAAAUGUUAAUACAAACGGUGGUUUAUUUUAUAUUUUUGGUGAAUUCUUUAAUUCAAACAUUAAUUCAAGUGUUUUUUGUAAUGAUAUUCCAUACCAAGGUAUUUUUGAAAAUACAACAUCAAUUAUAUUCGAAUUACCAAUUCAAGGUCCCAAUGAUAUAAUGUGUAAUUAUUCAUUUAAUAAUGGAAUGAAUUAUAGUGAUUUCCAAGUUGAAUAUCCAAAACCAAUGGUUGAAAACAUUAGCACAAUAUAUGCUAUUGGAGGAAAUUUAACAAUUUAUGGUAAUAACUUUUAUAAUAUUUCAAAUAUUACAAUAGAGGUUAAUAAUCAAUUACAAUGUAAUAAUAUUGAAUUUAUAAAUUUAACAACAAUAACAUGUAAUUUACCACCAAUUAAUGAAACAAUUCACUCAUCAAUUUUCAGCCAAAAACUUCUGAAAAACACUACAACCACAAUUUUCAGUAAAAAACUAUUAUUAAAAAUAACAUUUGAAAGUAAAUCAUGGAGUGGAAAUAUUUUUCAAUAUUCUAAAGAUGAAAUUCAAUAUUAUGAUAGUGAAAACUCAAGUGGUAAAACUUUGAAUGAUAGCACAAAUCAAUAUAACAAAGAAAACAAUGGAAAUGGAAUUAAUAUGAGUAUAAAAAAUAUAGUGUUAAUUUGUACUUUAGUGCCUUCUAGUAUAAUUAUAGUAGUAUUUUCGGUAAUGAUUUUUUUAAGAAUAAGAAGAAAAAGAAUAGAACAAAUAAAUUAUCUCAAAAGUAUUAAAAAAAGAAAUUAUUUAUCACAAGAACAAAAAGAAAAAAACCGUUCAAAAGCAAAAGAAGUUGACGAUGAGAUACAAAAAAAAAUAUUUGAAAAUAAAUGUUUCAUGCUUCAAUAUGCUACCAGGAAUGCAACUUAUAGAAGUACUGUGGCAUGGAUGGAAAAAGAGUUAAAAAAACAAGAAGAUCAAUUAAAAAAUGAUAAUAUUGAAGCUUCGAGUAGUGGUCAAAACCAACAACAAGAUCUUGAAAAUAAAAAUGAAACAACCUCCCAAUUACCACCACCACCACAACUACAGCAACCAUCAUCACUACCAUCACCACAACCACAGCCACCAUCAUCACCAUUAUUACCAUCACCACUACCAUCACCAUCACCACCACUACAGCCACCAUCAUCAACAUCUCUACCAUCACCACCAACUACUAAUAUAAAUCAAAAUGAUUCUGAAAUUUAA